AUGGCAUUCUUCAUAAUUAAAAUCAGACAAAUAGACCACGUGGAACAUCUGCAUCCACUGCCAAACCUGGUUGCAAAGACUGUCCACGCAUGUUGCCUAACUUCUCUCUUCCAUAACCUUCUGCAACUCACCGACGUUGUUUCAAAGCUCAUAACCAAUGGCUUCUUCUAUGCCUUCCUCUGCUUCUCUUUCUCUACAGCUUUUCAUGCUUUCAUACAACCCAAAACACACCCCACUUCUUCUUCUUCAUGGCCUUCUAUGGCUUCUUCAUUGACUCUCUCCAUCAAAUCUUCACUUGGGUCAUCUAAAUCUGCCUUUUUGCAGCAUGGGUUCUCUUUGCCCGUAACUUUUCCUGGGUUUUUCAUGAAAGCGCUCCUUUUGUGUUUUGCCAGAGUGCUACGGAGAAAGACUUUAUAUGACUUCACCGUUAAGGAUAUUGAUGAGAAGGAAGUUCCUCUUAGCAAAUUUAAGGGGAAAGCUCUCUUGAUUGUGAAUGUUGCUUCAAGAUGUGGCUUGACAACGGGCAAUUACUCGGAACUUUCUCACCUGUACGAGAAGUACAAGACUCAAGGUUUUGAGAUUCUAGCUUUUCCAUGCAAUCAAUUUGGUGGCCAAGAGCCUGGAUCAAAUCCUGAGAUCAAGGAUUUUGCCUGUACUAGAUUUAAGGCAGAAUUUCCCAUAUUUGACAAGGUUGAUGUCAAUGGACCGAACACAGCUCCAGUUUAUCGGUUUUUGAAGUCAAGUGCCGGAGGAUUUUUAGGUGACCUGAUAAAGUGGAACUUUGAGAAGUUCUUGGUUGACAAAAAUGGUAAAGUUGUAGAGAGAUAUCCACCUACAACAUCACCUUUCCAAAUUGAGAAGGACAUCCAGAAGCUCCUUGCGGCAUGAGUUUCGAGCUGGUUAGAGUCUGCAGUUUUAAACGAGAGGAAUAAAUGAGUAUAUGUAAAUUAGAAUUUUAAUAAAGCAUAACAGUUCACACAAAUGUUCUUGUAACCUUGCAGGUUUUGUGACAGACAAACAUAAAGUUAAAAUUGAGUUAUUUCUUCUUUUUUCA